AUGGCUCCAAUCAAGGGCCUGAGUGCCCAGGAUAUUCCUCCUGGGCCCAUCAGGGACUGCUACAAGAUAUACUCCGCCGUUCAGGAGGUGGAGAAUGAUCCUGGUGUCAUCGAUCUACAGCAGCUCGAUCCCGACCAAUUGCCACGCGGAGUAACAAUCGCGCAGUACCUGUCCAGCCAAGAACUACGAUUGGCCUUUGAUGAUUUCAUUCGAGGAGGUCAUGCACCGGCCGAAGAGGAUGCUCCGAUGACGGAGAACAUCCCAGUCUACAGCCAUCAUUUGAUCUCCGGUCUACUGAUGAUCCCUGCCCUAUUUCCAACUACGGUACAGACGGAACUCCUCUCCCGCUUGUUCCAUCGAGACUUGUCCAGUCCAAAAUAUCAGACCAAUGUACAUCGACACUACGAUGUGACCUACCCAGAAGAAGAACCCCAUGGUUCCAAGUCCUUCUUUGAAGAUGACCCCACUCGCACAUUUCAAUCGAAGGAUCCGCAAUUGCACGAGCCACUGGAUGUCCAGAGCUUCUUGGAAAAGAGACUACGUUGGAUCGCCCUGGGUGGACAACAUGACAGGACCGUCGCUAUCCUGCCCGGGGAGAUCCCAUCGGAAAUUCCACAGGAUAUUGCCAAACUAAUGAGCGCUGUAUUUCCAGACAGAUUAGCUCAUGCUGCCAUGGUGGACAUUCAUUCCACCAGAGAUACCCAACCGAUUCACCGAGACGUGAAUCUGGAAGACGAUACAGGCCUAAUGAGCGUGAGCUUUGGCUGUGAUGGUUUGUUCCUGGCUGCCCAUGACAAUGGAGAUGGCUGCGAAAUACUGCGACUUCGAUCAGGAGACACGGUCUACAUGAAUGGUACGUCGCGCUUUGCCUGGCAUGGAGUACCGAAGAUUCUGCCUUCGAGUUGCCCUGCAUGGCUAGCCAACUGGCCAUCGCUUGGAGAGACUCUUCCGGGGAUGCCGCCUGGUCCUUACCAAAUGUGGGAGGGUUGGAUGUCCAGCAAGCGGGUCACCCUAAACGUUCAGCACAAGUCAACUACCCAUGCUUUCAAAGAAGGCACAGGGCACAUCUAA